AUGAUAUUUUAUACGCAUUUUACAAAAGCCAAAAACGCUGUAGCCAACCAUCCAAAGAAAAGGGGGGUAUUCCAUACAAACAUGGCCGGAGAGGAGUUCUUGCUUGCUGGGCAGCUUACAGCGGGAGUGGGCCAGGUGGCUGCGCACACUGUGGCUGUCAUAGCGGCCGAGAUGCUGCUCGCUGUAGCAUUCGAGACUUUAACAGCACAUGGAUUUCCCGAUAUUUGA